AUGAGUCUUUAUGCGGAAGAUCCAGAACUGGAUGAUUUCAUUAUUGACAAUGAGCCCAGUGGCACUCAUCAUAUAGUUGAAAGCAGUAGUGAUGAAGAAGAACGUUUCACAGAAAAAUCUUCAGGCCCCAUAAAGCAAGCUAGAUCCACCCAACCUGAGUUGCAGAAUCACGACGAAGAGUUAAGAAAGAGGGUUAUUAGAUCGCAUAUAGCUAUUCUAUGCAGCUCAUUGGGCGGAAUAGAUCACAGUACAGAAUCGAAAUUGUCCAUUUAUAAAUUGGGCGGAGAGGCAUUAGUUUGCUUAAAGGAUAUCAAACGAUGGAUCAGAACAGUCGACCACGAAAUGAACAAUUGGGACGUUGCAUCUGCUUGUGCCGAUUGCAAUUUAGUGCCUAAUGAUUUGAUACAUAUAAUGACCCAAUGGGAACUAGAUAAUCAAGGUAAAAAAGUAGAAAACCCCAAGUAUUGGGAAUCAAUUGUGGUGUCAAGUUUAGAACUGCUAGUGAUGCUAACAAACCCGCUGGUACUUGAAUUUGAGAAAACAGACGAGAAAAAGAUUGUUCUUUACCCCAAGCUAAAGAAAGCUCAUCUCACGUAUAAGAAUAGAAUAUUGAACUUUCAGGGCGGCCUUACUUUGAAAGCCGUAUUGAGGAUUUUGCUACCCUUGCUAGUUAGUAACAAGAGAUCGACAAGGGACCUAAAAGUUAUGUAUCUAUGUUUGACCUUUAUCAGAAACGUUAUAAGAAUAGAACCGGCAGAUGCAAGGAUCAACUCUAAGAAGACUACCAAACAACUGAAUAUCAGUAGUAACUAUCCUGUGGGCGUAUCUCCCGACGACGUGGAUGUGAACCGGGUGAUGAUUAUUCUGAAGAAAACCAAAGUCUUGAGCUUAAUAUUGACUCUAACCAGCAAUGCAGACAAAGCUUACAAUGAUACAAUGCUCCACCAGCUGUGUCUAGAAUGUUUGUACUAUCUUCUCAACGGUAUAAAAGUGUCGAGUUUCAUAUUGGGGGAACCUCAAAAUGAGCAUGACUCGAGUAUGACGGAAGCUGGGCUUGAAUUGAGUGAUUUGGUGAGUAAAGAAAAGAAUAUCUUUGAUGGUAUUAAGAGAAAUCACAGCUCCAGACACUCUAACUUUGGCACUCUUCUAUCCCUGCAAAGAGGAAACGAGAGAAUCACCAUCUCUGGAUCUCCAAAAGACUUAUUGGCAACCCUAGAUAAGACAAAAUCUCAUAGCAAUAGUCGCACGUAUACCCGGAUCGCCAAGAAUGAGUCGACGAAUAGAGAUUUAGACUCACAGUUAAGAUUGCACAAAGCUAAACGACUAGACUCAGAAGGGUUGAAGAUUCUCAUUGAGUUUUUACAGUCGUUUAUGGAAGAAUCUUUUGAUCCUUUUUUUUCGAAACUGAUUCACACUUACUCUUCAGAUGAUAACAUCCGAUCAUAUUUGAUGUAUGCUUAUUUCUAUGUCCUUCAAUGGAUAUUGGAGUAUUUUCAGGGCUUGAAAAAAAAAGAUUUCUACAAUAUAGCUUCUGCAUUUGACCACUCCAAUGUGAUUUUGAUUUUAAGAAAAGUUUCCGAGUACCAUGACCUAAAGGAGUUUAAUAUGUGUUAUGUUCUGAUUGGAUGUCUUGACGAGUUGUUGUCCAAUGCCUGCUUCAUGUUGUCCACGAACGAUUCGCAACUGAUUGACCGAGCAGAAGGUUUACUGAAUUCAAUAGUUGGGCAAGAGGCUUAUUUAGAGUUAUUUAUAUCGAUUGUUUCAUCUGCUCAUAAGGUAUCUACUCAAUUUGUUGACAAAGCGGCCCAAUUUUUGUCUACGAUCUUUAAAAGUACGGAGGCAAUGGUAAGAUUCUACGAUUCCGACCAAGUUAUUAUUCAGAAAUCUAAAUCUACGAAAAAGAGAAACUCAAGGAUUGCAGCAACUGAGGAAGAAGAUAAUGAGCCAGGUGAAGUUGAUGAUAUUCAAAUGCGGACAUUAGCAUUUAAAAAGAAAGCUGACAUUAAAUCGAUCAGAACCAAACUCAUUCGGAAUGAAACUGUUUACUUGUUCAUCAGCAUCUGGGAAAGGCUGGAUGAUGUGGAUGCAGCCCACUUCAAACUGGCACUCCAUUUCUUUUAUGAUGUUUUUGUCAAAUAUGAGUUAGUACUUCAUCUCUACAGAUUGGACUUUUUGAAAACUCUUUAUUGGGUCAACGCAAAUCACUUAGUCCUUCCAAUCGGAAAGUCAACUCGAAGAGAUUUGCAAUCAUUCUCCAAGUACUUCAUGUCCAAAUUGUAUCAGUUAAUGAAUCAUUCAAAGGAAAUUUUGGUGGAAAUGCCAUUUUGUUCUUUGAAUCCUGACGUAUCAAUCAGGCAAUACUUUCUCACUGGAGAAAAGCCCGACGUCCAUGAGAAAACUGCUAGAGAGUACAAAGUAGGGAAGCUGGAGUUUACUGAAGAGCUAAACUUGGAACAAAAAAUUGGAAUCUUGGUUUCUCUGUUAAAAGCGUUAAACUUGGACUUGGUUGAAUGGCUCAAGCAUAAUGUUGAGACGAUCGUUGAUUCCAUGAGCUCAUGGAAUGACAGAGAUAUUGUGACAGGUGAAGAUUUAACUUCAAAAGAUGAGGACCUAUAUAUUCUUCAAGCUUCCAACAAAGCGUACAAUUCAGCUAUUCGAAGAAACCCUACAUUUCGAAAACUUCUGGAGUUGGUCGGAUAUGACAUACCGACACAUACAGGAAUGAAAUGUGUUCUCCAGAAACACAUUGACCAAAGUUCUUUAGAGAUAUGCCUUUCUUUCAUCAAAAAGUAUCUUGAAGAGGACUAUGUUCCUAGUAAUCAUGCUGAGGUAGAGGAACUGGUAAACUUGAAGAAACCAGCUCCCAACUCCAGAAAUGGUACUGAUGAAUUCAACGGUGCUGACAAUCAGCAUAAUGAUCAAGAAGAUGAUCUUUUCGUCAAUGAAUCUGACGAUGACAAUCAAAUAGAAUUUGAGAUUGGAGAGAAUGGACAACGUCGCAUUGUGAAUGACAACCUAGAUAUCAUCGAGCAACAGUUGAAAUUCAAUGAACGAAGAAAUCGAGGUGUUGCCAGGCCUCCAUCUAAGAGAGCUAAGCGGAACAGGGUCAUCAGUUCAGAAGAUGAGGAUAUCUCCGAUGGCCUUUCAUCACUAAAUAAGAAGGUUAAAAGAUCUAAGAGAAAACAAGCAAGAAGAAUAAGAAAAACAAUUUUUGACAGCAACAAUGAAAUAGGAGAAGAAUCAAGCGGGGAAGGUGCUAAAAGGAAACCUUCCAAUCUAGAUCUCAACAUAAAGUCUUCAGAAUAUAUCGAUGACAGCGAUUUAGAGUUGACCGAUGAAGAAGUAUUCUUUUUUAGAGAAGAUACUUUGAGAUCAAUGCUGAAUGAAAGCAAUGGCCAAUUAACCGCAGCUCAAUUGCAAGAGCUCUCCAACAUUACAAUAAAUCAUUUAAAGUCUCGGUCGUUGACCGGAGGGGACCUAGAAAACCUUACGAUCAAGAAUUCAAUAGCCAAGGAGGGGACCCCUAUUUCAUUUGCCCAACCAAUCGAUGAUGAAUAA